CGGGGGCCUCCACGUGGUCCCGCCUGGCGUCGCCGCGAUGGGGAAGGCGCGCAGGAGGCGCAACUGGAAAGCGCGGCGGCCGGGCGAGCCGCCCCCGGAGCCGGAGCCGGUGCAGCUGGAGCUGGGCGAUGGAGCCCCCAUGAAAGGUGUGGAUGCAAGCAACGCUCUGGUCCUUCCAUCACGAAAAACCAAAGAGAAAAAAAUAAGUUAUGAAAAGGGCCCAGAAAAGAAACCCCUGAGCAAGAAGCAAAAGAAAACUCUGCAGAAGGUUUUGGAACAAAAAGCCAAGAAAGAAAAGCGAGCUGAGUUGCUGAAAAAGCUGAGCGAAGUCCAGGCACCUGAGGCCGAAAUGAAACUGCUGUACACCACUUCUCAGCUCGGGACAGGAAAGCGGAUGUACCAGGUCAAACGGGCCGUCCAAGAAGCAAGUGUUGCUAAUCCGGAAAAAAUCAGAAGUGUCGGUGGUGCAAACAGGAAAAGACGCAAACCGGACCUGGAGGAGCUGGAGGAGGAAACAGGAAGUUCGAGUGAGGAAGAGGAGGAGGAGGAGGCGGUGGCGGCAGAAGAAGAACAAAUCCAAAAGACCCCCCAAGAAGCUCCUGGCACUGGCACGCCACUCACAGAGCCAGCAAAAGCUGCGGCAGCGGCACCCGCCUUGCCGAAGCACAGCGGCCCAGCCGGCAAGCCAGCGUCCAGUCCUGUCGUCUUCAUCCCAGUAGACCGAACCCCCGAGAUCCAGGCAGCCAGGCUGAAGCUCCCAAUUCUGGCAGAAGAACAAGUCAUCAUGGAAGCCAUCAACGAGAACCCGGUUGUUAUCCUGUGUGGCGAAACCGGCAGUGGUAAAACCACACAAGUGCCUCAAUUUCUGUAUGAAGCGGGAUAUGCCAGCUCCGGCAGCAUCAUCGGGAUCACGGAACCGCGGCGUGUGGCAGCCGUGUCGAUGUCGCAGCGCGUCGCUGUAGAGAUGAGCCUGUCGCAUCGAGUAGUUUCAUACCAAAUCCGUUAUGAAGGGAACGUGACCGAAGACACCAAAAUCAAAUUCAUGACGGAUGGUGUGCUGUUGAAAGAGAUUCAGAAGGAUUUCUUACUUUCCAAGUACCGAGUCAUCAUACUUGACGAAGCCCAUGAGAGAAGUGUAUACACAGAUAUCUUGAUUGGCCUUUUAUCUCGCAUUGUACCUCUUCGGACCAAGAAAGGGCAGCCGUUGAAACUGAUCAUCAUGUCCGCCACACUGCGUGUGGAAGACUUCACCGCCAACCAGAAGCUGUUUCCCACGCCUCCUCCCGUCAUACAGGUGGAUGCAAGGCAGUUUCCUGUCGCUGUUCAUUUUAACAAGAGGACCCCGCUGGACGACUACAGCGGGGAAUGCUUCCGGAAAGUCUGCAAGAUUCACCGAAUGUUACCCCCCGGGGGUAUUUUGGUGUUCCUCACCGGCCAGGCUGAGGUGCACUCGCUGUGCCGAAGGUUGAGGAAAAUGUUCCCUUUCCACAAAAACUUACCUCAAGGUACUGAAGAUAAGGAAGAUUCUGUCGAAGAAAUGCGAAGGUUUAAGAAAUCCAAGCAGCAAAAGCAAGCAGUGUUACCCAGGAUUAAUUUGGACAACUACUCCGUUUUGCCAGUUGAUGAGGGAGAUGAGGACAGAGAAGCAGGAGAAGAUGACGACAAAGAUGUUGACAUGGCAGGCUCUGACCUUGACUUAGAAUUGGGGGACAACGGCUUAGAUGAAGAUGAGAGACAGGAAUCCUCCCUCCCACUCUACGUUCUGCCCCUCUACUCCUUGCUGGCACCUGAGAAACAAGCCAAGGUUUUCAGGGCCCCUCCCCCUGGGACAAGGUUGUGCGUUGUCGCUACCAAUGUGGCCGAGACGUCUCUCACAAUCCCCGGCAUCAAGUACGUGGUUGACUGCGGGAAGGUCAAGAAGCGCUUCUACGACAAAAUCACCGGAGUCUCUUCUUUCAAAGUCACUUGGACGUCACAGGCCUCUGCCAACCAGCGGGCGGGCCGAGCGGGACGGACCGAGCCUGGGCACUGUUACAGGCUGUAUUCCUCGGCUGUCUUUAGCGACUUCGAAAAGUUCUCUGCUCCAGAGAUCACCAGGAGACCUGUGGAAGAUUUAGUUCUGCAGAUGAAAGCUCUGAAUAUAGACAAGGUGAUCAAUUUCCCCUUUCCUACACCACCAUCCACUGAUGCCCUUGUAGCAGCAGAGGAGUUGCUGAUCGCUCUGGGGGCCCUGCAGGAACCCCCCAAAACUGGAAGGCUGAAGAAGCUGCAGGAAGCCAAGCUGAGCAGCCCCAUUAGCCCUCUGGGGGCCACCAUGGCAUCCUUCCCUGUGGCCCCCCGCUAUGCAAAGAUGCUUGCCUUGAGCAGACAGCACGAUUGCCUGCCCUACGUUGUCACCUUGGUGUCGGCCCUGACAGUUCGGGAGCUCUUUGAAGAAUUUAACAGACCUGGCGUUAGCGAAGAAGAGCAGGAGAAGCUGAAGGGGAAGCGAGCACGAGUGGUGCAGAUGCAGCGGAUCUGGGCAGGACAAGGGCCCUCCCAGAAGCUGGGCGAUCUCAUGGUGAUGCUAGGAGCCGUGGGGAGCUGUGAAUACGCUGGGUGCACAGCCGAGUUCUGCGAGGUGAACGGCUUGCGCUACAAAGCCAUGGUGGAGAUCAGGCGCCUGCGUGGGCAGCUGACAACCGCAGUGAAUGCCAUCUGCUCGGAUGCCGACCUCUUCGUGGACCCCAAAAUGAAGCCCCCGAGUGAGAUGCAGGUGACCUUCCUGAGGCAGGUAGUCCUGGCUGGGCUGGGAGACCACGUUGCUCGGAGGAUCCAGGCUGAGGAACUUCUGGAUGAGAAAUGGAAAAACGGCUACAAGACACCGCUUCUGGACGAUCCGGUCUUCAUUCACCCCAGUUCUGUCCUCUUCAAGCAACUCCCAGAGUUAGUGGUGUAUCAAGAGAUUGUGGAAACCACCAAAAUGUACAUGAAAGGCAUUUCAGUAGUUGAACCAGAAUGGAUCCCGCUGCUUCUGCCUCCGUAUUGCCACUUCGGAGAUCCCCUGGACAACCCUCCCCCAUUUUACUGCCCUGAAAGAGGCCAUGUUCGAUGCCACAGACCAAGUGCAUUCUAUCGAAUAGGCUGGCAGCUUCCUGCAGUGGAAGUAGAUUACCCCGAAGGCAUUGAACGCUACAAAUAUUUUGCCAAGUUUUUAUUGGAAGGAAAGGUCAUUAAAAAGCUGGCCACCUACAGCCGCUGCUUACUGUCCAGUCCAGUCACAAUGUUGAAAUCCUGGGCCAAGCUGCAACCAAGGACAGAAUUCCUACUGCAAGCGCUCGUCUCCAAAAAUGUCGACAACCGGGAUGCUCUGCUUAUCGCCUGGAAGAAGGACCCUAAAUUUUUAUUGAAAGAAUAUUGCCACUGGAUUCCAGAAGUUACACAUGCAGAGGUCGCGAAAAUCUGGCCACCUGUCCUGUGACAUGGAGAGCAAGCCGUCCUUCGGCUUGAGCCCUCGGUCAGCUCCCCCUUGCACCAACACCUUCCUGGCAUUAGUGUCAGCCGUGAGAAAGGAGAACAGCCCUCGUGUGUGCAAAACAAACCGAGGUGGUCCCGUGCGUGCAUAGGAUGCUUGCCUUCCGCUGGGCUGGAUGAAGAAACACGGGGGAGAUCUUGUUAUAGGAAGCAAAAUCCCUGUGCAGCCCAGGGACUUUCUUGCUGCUGAUACCUGUUGGCUGUUCUGGAGCCAUUUGGGUCUGAAGAACAGCAGAAAAAUGCUCUGCAUAAAACAAACUUCCAGUUUAUGAUUCAUCUUCCAAGAAGGUUGUCUCCAGAUCAAACCUGGAUCAUCUCUUCGCCGUUUUUUUUACUCGUUGCUUCCUUUUUCUCCAAAAAUAAAUGCAAGCAUGUGGCUGGAUCAGGAAGAACGAUCCUUCAUAACAGAUCAGUAGAAGAGAGAUUCUGGUAGGAGAGGCAUUCCUGGCUUGCCAAAACACCCUUUUCCAUCCAACUCUUAAAUGUUAUAAGCCUUUCCUUUUGCAUCUGGUUACCCAGGAACGAGGCUUCAGAACCCCAAUCCUGUGGACCGUUCAAGCCAUGGCACAGUCAAUGAAAUGGGCUUAAUUUUGUUCUUGCUUUUGCCCUGGCCCACUCACAUACAAAGUAACAAUAACAAUGUAAGACAAGUAUAACAUGAACAAAAUCUAAAAUGCUUAACUAGAAUAAACUUGUGAUAAUAUAUUUAAGAUUUGUUUAAAAAUAUAUCACAAACAACUGGCCCAGGACUCAUUCAGACUAAAUCGUGGUUAAUCAACUGUGCUUAGUUAAAACAAGCCAGCCCCAUAAAUUAGGAUUCAUACUUAUUUGGUCUCCUUAUGUGAUGUAUGGACCCUCAUUUUCAUGUGAGCACAUGUGCAGAAGAUUUUUAAUUUGAACAAAAAGUGGUAGAAGCAUUGUCAGUAAUGUUUGGAGGAGAAGUAAUUUUAGCAGAGAAACAGAUGCAGUUUCUAAAUUGCUGCCACACAACUGUGUUAAAAUUCCACUGGCAGCAACGUGGUUGUAGGUGCCACUUUGGGGUCUCAUGCCCUAUAAGUGACAGAAUGCGCCACCCCAACAGCCCCAAUCCAUGCAGUUUUUUUCUGAUCCACUUGUCCAGCUGGGAGGGAGUCGCUGAAGAUCGUGUCGCCGUACUGGUUUGCAUUGGAGAAAUGCAUCAACCUCGUGGAAAAGCGAUUUUCAAAUAGGGAAGCGUCUUCCCUUCUGCAAGGGUGCUUGCACUGGCUAAGUGAGCAGACUUCGAAGUGCCUCUUUUCGGUCGAAAUGACCGCAGAUCCUUCUGAGUGAAUAUUGCGGGUUUUUAACACGCCCUGUAUCAUAAGCUUGUACAUAGUUUUUGGUAUGAGAAUAGGCAGUUUUCCAGAAUAAACUGAUCUUCCUUUUA